AUGAACAGAAGCCACCAUCAGCGUCGGCCAGGAAAUAGAACACAGAUCGCGUGUAUAAACUGCAAAGAAAAGAAAUUAAAGGUUGGUGCAAUAACUAGGCCUUUCCUUGGCUGCUCAACUAACAGAGCCAGUGUGACAAUAAAAUCCCCGAGUGCGAGAACUGUCGCCGGUCAGGCAGUGGUGGUGGAAGAUCCCGCCACGAGAAGGCAGCAGCCACGAAACUACGUUGAUGUUCUAGAGCAACGCGUGGCCUACCUGGAGGGGCUUUUGAGACAAUGCCGCCCUGAGCUGGCUGAUGAUCAUCUAGUAUCGCCCAACAACCCGCAACCAGAACCGCCGUCGACAUCUCCUUUCUCCAAUCAGACCGGCGGCAAUGUGGCCGGUGAACAACACAAUUCCGGCAGGAUUGAAGGGAUUGAUGAUGAACCUGAACAUUUGAACGACUUAGCCUCCAAAGUUGGCCUUUUAAGUCUGAAUGCAGCUGGGGCCGAGCCUCACUAUCUCGGUUCAUCUUCGACCUUUGCGUUUUCCCGUUUGAUCACCGCCUCGUUGCGCCAUGAAGUCCCAACUUCCUCGAGCAUGUCACACAACUCUGGCAUAGACCGGCGGGUCGGGGGUGAUUUGGCCAUCCACCCAGAGGCAUACCAGUUACCCAACUUUGAAGCGGCACUUCAACUUAGCAAUGCGUAUUUCCACAACAUCCACCCUCAGUACCCGUUCUUACAUGAGCCCACAUUCAGGGCAUGGGAGACUACUUUAUUAAAUCAUCCGGCAGAGCUCGAGGCUCGACCAUCAGACCCCGCCCCUUUCUUUUUCCUGAACAUGCAAUUGUAUGUUUUCGCGCAGAUGUACGCCGAGCCCAUCCUGGCGCGCAAUAAUUACGAAGCUGUUCAGGCUAUUCUAUGUUGCGCCGUAUACUCGCUCCGAUCAUCCAUAGGAACCUCCCAUUGGAAACUUGCCGGUCUAGCACUUCGCCAGUGCAUUGAUCUUGGCUAUCACCGUAGAUUAUCGGGCCGCCGUAGCUCGAACAUUGAUCAACUGCGGCUAGAGCUGCGCAAGAGGAUCUUUUGGUGUGCAUAUUCCAUGGACUCUCAGUCAGCCAUCAUGCUCGGCCGACCUCAAGGUAUACCUUACCAAGAAAUAGAUGCCGAGCAGUUCCCAAUGAAUGUUGAGGACUCGAGUAUCACUGUAGGUGGGAUAUUCACCCUCCCACAUGAUAACACCCUAGGCAAUCUCCCAACAGUCAUGGCACGGGCUAUUCAUCACUUUCGCAUCCGAAAACUCAUGAGCCGCAUUCAUGGUGCGCUAUACUCCGAUGUUACGAUUUGUGACCCGGCGGAUGAAACUUAUCGAGCUCAAGUGGCUAAGUUCCGUACGGAAGUCGACAACUGGCGAGCAUCCGCCCCCACCAUGCCCAGUAAAGGCCAAGAGCUCUCGCUGUUUGCAACUGCAGCUUGGUUUGACUUGGAGUAUCACUACGUCCUUUUACAACUCUACCGAAGGCAGAUCACCCAUGGCCAAACGGACCCCGCGGACCCUGCUAUCCUCAUCUGCCUACACGCCGCCCAGAGCAUGUGCCAGACUUAUCGCCGGCUGUACAUGCAGAGGUCAAUGACCUGCACGUGGGCAGCACUCCAUGAGGUUUUCCUAGCCGGGCUGAUGUAUCUUCACUGUAUCUGGACGUUUCCCACGGCGCGCGAGGCACAUAUGCAAGGUCAAGUCCACAGCACUUGCAGCAAUUGUACUGUGGUCCUAGUCAUCAUGGCAGAGAGAUGGCAUGAAGCAGCAACCUACCGCGAUAUCUUUGAGAACCUGGCUAACCGGACCAUGGCGAUGGUUGAUCAAAAGAUGUCAUUGUCAACACCACCGCUGGUUACUGGGUUAGAGCCUACGAGUUCGACUGGAGGGGAUCUGGCAGAGGACAUGACACUAAUAGAUGAUAUGGACAUACCGGAAGGAUUCGAUGAAUUGCUGAUGAGUCUAGUGGGCGAUUCACACCAACAAUGGUUACUGGGCGAUGAUCAGAUGUAA